AUGUGUGCUCUGUCUGAGGAAGUGUACACUAAAGUUCACAGCUUCAGGAGUGCCAAACAAAUGUGGGAUACCAUAGCUCUGACCUAUGAGGGAUCCCUAGAGGUAAAAUGCAACAACCUAAGCUUUUUGGCACGUAAGUAUGAACUCUUCAAGAUGGGAGAGAGUGAAUCUAUUCAAACUAUGUUUGGAAGAUUCCAAACCAUUGUCAAUGAACUUUCCUUCCUAGGUAGAACUUAUGAUAACUUUGAUCAUAUUGACAAAUUACUUCAGAGUUUACCCAGGAAAUGGAGACCACAAGUUAUAGCCUUGAGAGCAUCAAAGAAUCUAGAAAUUCUUUCACUGGAGGAACUCAUUGGACUACUCAAAGUCCAUGAACUAGAACUAUAG